AUGGCAGCACCAAAUAUUACCUUCAUAGCUGAUGUGGAUGUAACUAGGGAUGACUUGACUUUCAAACUUCGUGUCAUAAACCUUCGGCAUCAAAUGUCUUUCUACAACAAAAAUGAAAUUUGGUCAAUUGAAAUGAUCUUAAUGGAUGAACAUGGGAACAAAAUCCAAGCAAUGGUCUCCAAACGAAACUUAUAUCGCUUCAAAAAUGUAGUGAAUGAUGGGAUGACAUUUUACAUCAAAGGUCCAAACUUUGCAGCAUUGAAGACGGAGUGUAACGAUUUUUCUGGAUCUCUGUUUGGGUUUUCAUUUGUUGAUUAUCAAACUGUGUUAUCAUUGACCCAUCCUCAAGAUACAUCUGUUGAUGUUAUGGGUUUGGUUGUUGCAAUUACUGAGAUACAACAAGGUCAUCCAGAGAAAUCAAAACACAGGCUGAACAUCCGCAUCCAAGAUGCAAAGUUUAUGAUUCCUAUACGCGUGCAAGAUAAUAUAGGACCUCUAACCUUAACCAUGUUUGAGAGAGAAGGGAGGUAUCUGUUGAAGCAGUCAGCUAAAGAGUUUGUUAAAAAAAUGAUUGAGCGUGGAGACGAUCUAGGUUUAUAUCCGGGGGAAAUUAAUGCAUUGAAAGGUUUGAAAUUGGCCUUUAAAAUUUCUAUUACAAAAUUCAACGUGUCUAACAAAAACAACCAAUAUGGUAUUGCUAGAAUCAGUGAUGAUGAGACUUUAAUCGAACAACUUGAAAAUAAGUUCGCCGAGUCACAACCUUCUAAUUCACAGUCGUUAGAUUUUGGUUCGGUCGAUUUGCAAUCUCAAGAUAUCAAAAAUUUAAAGGAUGCAGUUUAUGGCACAGACGAUAACAUAACUCCUUCCAUUAUCGACAAAAACGACACAACAAGUCCAAUGAAGAUUUUGAACACAACACCGGUCUUAAAGCGAAAUCUGGAAGAAGUUUUCGAUUUAGAGAUGAAUGAUCACUUAUCUACAUCAAAAACUCCAAAAUUAUCUCCGGAUGGUCCAGGAAAACAAUUGUUGAAAGUAAAGUUGGAGAAAAAUGACUGGUUUAUUCUUUUCUGGGAUAUUUUAAUAGUUGUUCCAUUUUGCAAUUGCAUGGACAAUUACUUCUUUUAA